AUGGAGCCAAUGAGAGCACAGAGACCAGGGAGACCGUCUCGUCUCGUAUCGCCGCCGCCGCCCGCGGCUGUGCCAGGCCACGUACGGCGUACGCUCGACCGCAUCGCUUUCACCCGCUGGAAGUGCACCACCGUUCCACUAGCGUUUGCCUUCGCUUCUGCUCCGGCGACCUCUGCGCUGUAG